AUGUGUCCUUCAACAGGUACUGCUGGGUGUGUGCUGGCAUCCAGAUUGAGCGAAGAUUCGGAAGUCACCGUCUUGCUGAUUGAAGCGGGGAAAAACAACCAGAAUGUGCUCGAGAGUCGUAUGCCACUGGCAUUUCCGAAACUCUUCUUCACCCAGUAUGAUUGGAAUUAUGAGACGGUACCCCAGGCAGCUCUCAACGGACGAAGGGUGCAUUGGCCCAGAGGGAAACUUUUAGGCGGUACAAGUUCGAUCAAUGCUUGUCUACACCAUCACUCUGCGCCCGAAGACUACGCGAAUUGGGUCAAGCUUGGGGCAACAGGGUGGGCAUAUGAGGACCUUCUGCCGUACUUUCGUAAAGCUGAAAAAUACACUGCGAGCGCUGCACACCCUGACGUAGAUGCGUCCCUGCAUGGCAAUGCCGGACCAUGGCAGACGCGACAUUGUGACUUACCUGCAAGUGUCCCUCUCCGCACCCCUGUCUGUCAAGCGAUAGUCGAGAGUUGCGAUAACAUAGGGAUACCAUACAAAUCAGAUUUCAACACGAUUUCUGGAACCAUAGGCUCCGCCAACUUCAUAGAAUUUGUUAAUCAGAAAGGAGAAAGGAGUUCGACGGCAACUGCUUACCUCAAUCCAACCGUUCUGGCUCGGCCAAAUCUCACUGUUUUGGUCGAGACGGCAACGGAAAAGAUCAUGUUCAACAGCAGUGCAGGUAAUCCACGGGCGACAGGUGUACAGAUUUCUAAAUCCUCGGAGUUGCCUAGUUUCUACGUUGCAGCGACCAAGGAAGUCAUACUCUGCGCAGGUGUGGUCGCCACACCCCAGAUACUGAUGAUAUCUGGUAUUGGUCCGAAGGCGGAGCUUGAGCGCUUUGAUAUAAGACCUGUGGCCAUCCUCGAAGAUGUUGGGAAACAUCUAUCGGAUCAUCUCUCACCCGGUCCUAUGGUUUUCCCCUGCAGACCAGGAUACAGUAUGGACUAUCUUUCUAAGCCGGUCGGGGCGGCCGUAGCAGCUGCCAAGUGGUUACUUACCGGCAAAGGCCCCAUGUCACACUCGGUUGUGCCGGGAGCAGCCUUCUUCCGUUCUGACAACUUAGACACAUACAGGUUGCCCUUUGGUCCCGCACGCAAAUACCCCGUGGAAGAUCUUACUACUGGCGCUGGUGCACCCGACGGCGAACUCACGUGGUUCCCCUUAGUAGCACACCCGUCGGGAAUGGGAAGGAUGCCCAAAGGUACCCAAGGCAUAACCUUGGGUGGGAUUGUGCUCCAGCCGAAGUCGAAGGGUACCAUCACGUUGAAUUCAGGUUCUGUCUGGGAAAAGCCUGCCAUUGACGGCAAUUACUUGCAAGACGAGAGCGACAUCAACUUCCUCAUUCGCAUGGUCCACCUUCAGCGGGCCUUAGCCCAUACGCCGCCCUUCAGCGAAGUCCUGGACGUGAAAGAGAAUGUUACAGAUACGAACAGUAUAUUUUGGCCGGCUGAUGCUCCCGCAGACAUGCUUACCGAUGACGUUCUGCGAAAGUGGCUUCGUGUCAACGCGACAUCGGCGUGGCAUCCGGUUGGCUCAGCUCGAAUGGGCCCUUCUCCAGCAGAUAGCGUCGUCGAUCUCGAGUUGCGUGUCCAUGGCGUGGAUGGGCUGAGAGUAUGCGACGCAUCAGUGUUCCCGACGCAGCUCUCCGGCCACCCAUGCGCUCCGGUGGUAGCCUUCGCAGAAAGACUGGCGGAUUUCAUCAAGAGGGGUCGCAAGCAUAUUUAG